CAAUAGAUUUGAUCUCGACAUCUGUGCUGAGGUUCGGUUUUGUGAUUACAAAGACAGUUUUGCGAAAAUGGCCGCUGAAGGCGCAGAAUUCAGCGUUAAUGCUAACGCUGAAGUAGUGAGAGGACAACAAUUUGAAGUUGGGCCGAGAUAUGCAAAUUUGGCGUACAUUGGAGAAGGAGCCUAUGGAAUGGUCGUAUCGGCUCAUGACAAUGUCACUAAAACAAAAGUUGCCAUCAAGAAGAUUUCGCCGUUCGAGCAUCAGACAUACUGCCAGAGGACACUCCGUGAGAUCAAAAUUCUCACCAGGUUCAAACAUGAAAAUAUCAUAGACAUUCGUGACAUUCUUAGAGCUGUAACCAUUGAUCAGAUGAAGGACGUCUACAUUGUACAGUGCUUGAUGGAAACAGACCUCUACAAAUUAUUAAAAACUCAGGUAUGUUAUUAUUUAUUAUUGGAAAAUCCCUCUUUUUCUUAUAAUAUAAUGCAUCAAGAGUUUCAAAUAGAUAAAAAUAGUAUAUUAGAAACUUUCUUAUUGAAAAUUUGUGACUUUGGGUUAGCGAGGGUAGCAGACCCGGAUCAUGAUCACACAGGCUUUCUGACAGAGUACGUUGCAACACGAUGGUACAGAGCACCUGAAAUCAUGCUCAACUCCAAGGGGUAUACGAAGUCGAUUGACAUGUGGUCGGUGGGCUGCAUUCUGGCUGAGAUGAUCUCGAACAGGCCGAUCUUCCCCGGCAAGCACUACCUCGACCAACUCAACCACAUCCUCGGCGUGCUAGGCUCGCCCUCCGCCGAAGACCUUGAAUGCAUCAUCAACGAAAAGGCAAGGAGCUACUUGCAGUCUCUGCCAUACAGACCGAAGGUGCCCUGGACUAAGCUGUACCCGAACGCAGACGCAAAGGCACUCGACCUGUUGGACAAGAUGCUCACGUUCAACCCACACAAGCGCAUCGAGGUCGAGGACGCUCUCGCUCAUCCCUAUCUCGAGCAGUAUUACGAUCCAGCUGAUGAGCCUGUAGCCGAAGAGCCGUUCCGAUUCUCAAUGGAACUAGAUGAUCUUCCCAAAGAAACUUUGAAGCAGUUUAUCUUCGAAGAAACAGCCAUGUUCAAGCAGCGUGACCCAAACAUCUAGUGUGACACUGUUCUGAUAGAUGGAGGAUCCUACCAUUGCUGCAUUGUCUUUCUAUUUUUGACAUUGACCUUCUCAAUAUCGUUGUUGUUCAAAUCUGUGUCUCUUGUGUAGAAUAACUUAUGGCAAUGAUCAUCGUUGCUGUUGAAUACUUUUCACCAUCAUUGUUCUAAUAACAACAUAUUAGUAUCUUCUUUGAAGUAAUCACGUCAAACUUAAUUACUGAACUCCAUUUUAGAUGUGUUAAGAAAUGCUGAUGAAUUAAACUUUAACAGUAUUGUCAAGUUUAAUUCAAGGUUUAGUCAACGUUAAAAGUUUGAGUCAAAGUUUAAUCUUCAAGUACAUUGCAUUAUAUUCAAGACGAGAAGGGAAUAUACAAUUUGAAUUCAACUAAAUAUAAUUGAAAUAAUAUAUUAGAUGUAUCCAGUCUUCAUGUGAUUUCGAAAUGGCCUAAUAUGUAACACUACAGGUUAUGUAAUCGUUAUAAUAUUCUGUUUCAAUCAAGACAAACUUUUAUACUUGGUUAAUGAAAUUUUUUCAAUUGGAUAUUGUACGUCUAUUAUUUGUUUACUUGAACGCACAUUAGUUUAGUUGCAGUUUGGGGAGGAAGUUGACUUCGUUAUGUAUUAUAAAGUGUUUCAAUGUAAAUAUUUUCAUAAUUAGUGGUAAUAAUGUAGUAGAGAUGUACCUUGAAGUAGUGAUUACCUGGUAAAGAUCUGGGUAAAUUGAAAAAGACAAUUUGAGUGAUCAAAAUAGUUCGGUAAAUGUUCUUUAGAUGUCUCAGAACUUUCUACCUAAUAGACAAUAUCAUUGGAGUGGGGGACAGAUUUGAUGAAAGUUCUAACACAAGAUCUAAAUACACUUUUGAAUAAAAAUGUGUUGAUAUUUUUCUAUAUCAGAAUAGAAUAUCUGUUUUUCCUAAUUUGAUAUUAUAUUUUGCAAGAUCCAAAUCCAAAUCUCACUAAGGUGCUCAAAUUCAGAUAACGCAUAGGUAAUUGGAUAUCAGAAUUCAGUUUAUGAUAUAAUAUUGUUCUUUCUUCAGCCCUUGUUUGGCCAAUUAAUCGAUUUCUUUCCAUCUAGAUACUCCUCAAUUAUAAGAGCAACAAACAGAUUGUCCGACAAGAUUUUUCUGUUUAAAUAGUGAGGGAUUAAUUUCAAAAGUGAUAUGAUAUAAAUCGUUAUGAAUUUAACCUUUAGGAAAUAUGAACAAUGAUUGAUUACAAUAAAAUGAUAGCUGCUACCUAUCUUCCUUUCUAAAAAUGUUUGGGUUACAUCUCUGCUCACAUUGUUCGAUAUCAGAGUUUUCCAUUUUCAUGUAUGAUAAUCUAAUUGUAAUUUUGAGCUUUUAUUAUCAUCAUCGAUAUAACACUGAUUAUUAUCAUAGUUCUAUUUAUAUUAUAUGAUUAGAGUUAUUAUAUAUUCCAUACAUUCGGUAAUAGUACACACAAACCAGAGCACAUAAAUCUUGUUGAAAUAAUUAUAAAACUCAAUGUAUAUAUUGAUGUACAUAAUUAUAUUUCUUUAUUUCUAUCGUUAUUACUAUGACUUUUAAAUGUUAAGCUUCAAGUCUUAUAGUCGAGAUGGUAUUACUGAAUAAAUUGCUGAUUAGAAGAUACUCUUUAGAAUAUAUUUACUAUUCAUUCUUAAACUAGUUGUAUUAUAAAAUAAUAUGAAGUGCGUUUAAAGAAGGUUAUUGGAUUGAAUUAUUGAAUAACAGCAAUUAUUUAAAAUGAAUAUACUUUGACCUACCUAUAAAAUUUAGAGGGGACAUUAGACAUCGUUGUUUUGAAUCUAUUCAUCACCAAUAACUAAUAUCAAGUGGAACGUGUUUUGAGUGUUAAUUACUAUAGAAAUGUACGUAUACUUUAGUAGCAACGUCUAUUUUAAUAAAUGUAUCGUCCAGCUAAUGUGUUUGAUCAUCAAAAUGAGGCUGUGCGAUGAUAAUUUAGAAGAUAAAAAUGUACGAAUAAUGGUUUUAAAAUUGAAAACGUGUUUCUAUUUUCAUUUAAUUAUUGUCGACUGAUACUCUGCAAUUAAGAAGUAGUCGGUGUUUUAUAUAUGUAUCCAAUACAUGUACCCUGAUUUUUGAUAUAGGUAGGCCUGAUAUAGCAAAUUAAAUUCUUUAUAAUUUUCAUUCCCAUCUAAUCAACAAUUAUUAGGUACUCUAUGUCAAUCAGCAUUUUAGAUUCAGACUAGAAGUGAAACUGACUCAUCACAAAUCGACUGCAUCUUGUUUCAAAUUAAGCACUCAGGAAUAAAUAGAUUGAAGUUGACUCAUCACAAUACUACACUAUGAGCAUUGGAAUGCGAGAUUUAAAUAAUAAUUGAUUGAGCUAAUUCACACUAUAGACUUCUUUUGACCUUUGUAAGUGAAAGUUUCAUCAUUUAAAAAUGAAUCAUCAACGUGUUCUCUCUCAGCCGUUUAUACAUUCUUCAAUGUAUUUAAUCUACUACAGUUAUGCUGCUUUUUAAAAAUGUUUUACCGGUACUCUUACUCUCUCUUUAAUUUGAUGGAUCCGUUUUUGCGGCUUACAUCAAAUAAAAGCCGCCAAAUAAUCUGAUUCACAUGACUUGUUAAACACAGCAAGUGUAAUCUGUAGGUUGGUUGUUUUAUCAAACCCGAUUCGUCUAAUCUAAACUUGAGUUUUAUGUAAUUGAAUUCAAACUUUUCCUCAGCGUUGUCUAAUUCUACUAUCAAUAUGGAUUAUUGUAGUUGCAUUGAUAUAUUGAUGUCGAUUAACUAAAAAUUUAUCAUUGUCUAUCUAUAAAUGUUCGAAUAACAGUGUUUAGUCACUUCAGUUUGUUGACGAGCUGGUAAACGAAAUUACUCAUAGUGGUGUGAAACUCACAUCUCCAAGUUAAGCAAACGAUUUUUUUAAGCACGCCUGUACAAUCAGUCAAUUGCAAACCAUGUAUUUGAAGCAUCCAUGUUGGCAUAUAGGAAAGCUUUAACUUACAAAUAAUGCUGAUCAUUAUUCUCAGCUAUUGCUUUCCUGGCCAACCUGGUUGUAUGGUAUAGUACAUAAAUAAAUAAAUAACAAUUUCAAUUCACAUUUGAAUGUAGAUGUGAUCUCAAUUUGAAUGUAGGUCAUUGUACUCGACUUACAUGGCUUUUCUCAUUGAUAGUUCGAAUUGUAUUUUCAACACUUGUCUUACUCCAUAAGGCACCUUAAAAUACAGUUGUAAAUUUUUAAAAAAUAACAUAUUUUCAUUUUUUUCAAUAUCUCGGUGUUCAAUUGGAUAAAUUGAUAAGAUGGUAAUGUAUUAACAAUUUUAAAAAUAGGUAAUUCAAGUGUGAGUAUAGUAAAGUUGUAGUUAUUUUGUACAUGUCACAUUACUAUUUAAUUGUUGAAUAUUUAUUGUUAUGAAAAAAUAUUAAUUAAAUUAAUCAGGUCUCAGAAGAGGCUGUGAUGAAGGAAAUUACCAAUGUUGAUACUAAUUUUUCAGUGUUUGUUUGACUACAAUUCAAUUAAAGGUAUUUAUUGAAACAUCUAAUGACAGUGGAGUGGAGCAUCACAUUACUUAGCAAUAUUAUUCAUUCUGGUACUCUUCGAAAUAAUUAUUAUGUUUUUUUUCUUUAAAUCAAAUAGAUUUGAAAGAUUUUUUUUGUAAAAAAAGCUAAUGCUAAAACAAUAUUAAUUAUUGUUUUUGUGUCGUUGAACCAGCUCCUAUAUUAUGUGUUUCAAUAUUAUACUAGGAUACAAAUUUCAAGAACUGUGGUAUAUAGAAGCAAGAUUUAAAUAAUACCUGUUUUAUACUCGUAAUCAAUUUUAAUAAAAUUACUCUUAAUUGAUCCAAAA